GACAAUCACACAGACAAUCAAAGAUGUGAGUGUUUCCACGGGCGGUGACGAGCGAGAGAGGUAGACUCAGCGCUUACUAUCCUUUGGCUCAAUUUCACCGGUUUCCCCCCCCCACCCUAUACGUGGCCGUGCGCUUCACAACACAUAGAAUCGGUGGGAUAUGUAUUGUUCUUGAUAUCAACCGUGGCUUGUUAUUUGACUUGAGGAAAGAAGCGACAACUAAGAGAAGGCCCUCCGGUCAUGAUGGAUUACUCCAAAGCGCAAAUGGAUGGUAGUUCUGCAGGAGCAGCGAUCCACCAGGGGAACCCAGCCGGGGUGAAGCUGGAGGCAGUGAUGGAACAUCUCCAGAGGCAGCUGGAGGCCAAGUUGGACCACCCAGACAAGCAACUCCAGCAAGCCCAGCUCCUCUUCUCCAAACACUCCGCCGAGGCCCGGGCUUUCGGUUCCAUCCCAGACUCCUCCUACUUCGGCCGAGGGGCCGCAGACGUCAAAGCACACCGGGUCAGUGGCGGGCACCAAAUGUACGGCGUGGACCCGGGGCUGCGGAAGGGGGACCUGGGCGAGAGCUACUAUGACGACGGCGGGGACGAGGAGCGCAAACUGGACGAGAGCGAGGGCACCGACGAGAUGGACGAAGAGGACGACGACGAUGACGAAGAGGACGACGAGGAGGAGGGCGUGCCGGGGAUGCAGAUGAAGAAGCCGCGUCUCCACCAGGACUCCGCCGCCUACUACUCGGCCCUGUCCCUCGCCGCCUACUCGGCGUCGUCGCUGGCCGCCGCCGCCAAGAGGCCGGCCUCCCCGCCGCCGCUGGCCGUGAAGGAGGAGCCAGAGGAGAAGGAGCUGGCGAGCUCGGCCGAGCGACAGGGCUUCGCGUCACCAGAUGGCUUCGCCGACUGGAGCUUUGAUGAAUCAUCCAAACACAGAGCCAGCGCUGCUGACCGCAGCGAGGAGAACGAAGGAGGGAAGGCGAGGGGAGAGCCGUCCAGGGACUUUGCAAAGCUUUACGAGAUAGACGGCGAUCCGAACCGGAAGGAGUUUCUGGACGAUCUGUUCAUCUUUAUGCAGAAACGCGGCACUCCCGUGAACCGCAUCCCCAUCAUGGCCAAGCAGGUGCUGGACCUGUACCGCCUGUACAAGCUGGUGACGGAGAAGGGGGGCCUGGUGGAGGUGAUCAACAAGAAGAUCUGGAGGGAGAUCACCAGGGGACUCAACCUUCCCACCUCCAUCACCAGCGCUGCCUUCACACUCCGCACGCAGUACAUGAAGUAUCUGUACGCCUUCGAGUGCGAGAGGAAGAGGCUCAGCUCUCCAGGCGAGCUCCAGGCAGCCAUCGACGGCAACCGCCGCGAGGGCAAGCGCUCGAGCUACACCAACAGCCAGUACCACUACUCGCCGUCGCCCACCGCCGCGCCCCGCUCCGCCCCCCUCAGCGUCCACGCCGCCAUGGGCCACAACGGCAUAGGCUCCUCCCCCAACGCCUCCUUCAAGAUGAACUCAGUGGAGUCCUCCACGCCGACCCGACCCAACGGGCGGCCCAUGGUGCUGGCUCUGGGGCAGCAGCAGCUGGCCCAGGCCGCCGCCCUGGAGCACCUCCGGGAGAAGGCGGGCGAGGGCCCCGACAAGACCAUGGCCCGCAUGGCAGAGGAACACCAGCGCCUCAUGCAGCAGGCCUUCCAGCAGAACCUGCUGGCCAUGGCCUCCCACUUCAGCUCCAUGAACCACCUCAAGCCCAGCGUCACCCCGGAGAGCAAACCAGACCUGUCUUUGAGUAUCGGCACCAAUGGGGCGUCCGGCAUCAAUGUGUCUGUGGAGGUGAAUGGCAUCGUGUACUCUGGAAUGCUCUAUGCCCAGAAGGCGGGGGGCGCGCCUGUGGUCUCGCAGAACGUCACCCCCGCAGGGACCAGCGGCUUCAGCGCGCUCUCCUCACACAGCCCCUCCUCUUCCUCCUCUUCUUCCUCCAAGUGAAGCGGGGCCUCUCGGACUUCUGUCCAAUGAACACACCUGUAACUGAUCUUGACACACACACACACACACACACACACACACACACACACACACACACGUUCCUUUCUAAUCACCCGCUGUAUGGCAAUCUUAGUGAAAUCCACACGCAGUUUUGUUUCUGUUCAUGUGGUCCUAUUAUUAAAAGGGUUUCCAGGUUAUUUAAAAAAUGUAAAUUCAUUCAGACAACACGUUACCUCUUCUGUCUAUUAUUAUAUACUAUUUUCAAAGCUAGUAUCCUCCUUGGAAAUGUUUGCUUUUAAUACAGUAUUAAAUGCUGCAUACUGGGGACACCCAUGACAAUUACUAACUCCCACUCUCUGCAUAUCUGUAUAUGUAUUAAAUGUCUGUCAGUGGCUGCCUGAAUACCCGUGACCACCUUUGGAUAUAACCACAAGAAAACAGAACAUGAGUGAAAGUGCAGCUAAACCAUAACCAAAAAAAAGCCCCAGCUUCAUGUUGUGCCUCUCUUUGUGUGACCUUAUUCUUAACUCGGCAGUGGAUUCAGGCAGGGGUCCCACUACCGAGAAAGCCUACAGGAUUUGAUAUGAAGGGUAAUCUUUCAUCAGGGAAAUGCGUUUACCAUUAAUACCAGUUUUGGGUGGGCCCAUAAUCAAUAAUCCGUUUUGUGUCUAGAAGUUACGGUUUAAUAUGCAUGCUUUUUGGAAUCAAUUGUAUGACGAUGGCAGUGAUGGAGAAUUUAAAUCAACAGACUUUGGUGGAAAGUCGCUUUCUCAGGAAUUAAUUGGUAAGCCAGGUUCUUUCAUCAGUGUCGUUAUGAGUCUCUACUGGUGUGUUCGUUUUUUACUGUACUCAAGAGAAUAUAUGUUUAUUGACCUCACAUUUUGACCUUCAGAAUAUUUUAGGUUUUGUCAAGUGAGCGCUGAAACACACUACCUCAUUCCUUCAGAGUAAUACAUAAGUGCAGUGAGUUGGUGUUAUGUAUAUUUGGACAAUCAAAAGGACAUGAAUCUCUCAAUGCAAUAAAAUGUCUUAACUGUGAAA